GCACUGACUUGGCCGAUGCUGCCUUGACUGAUGUAGGACCCAAGUGGCUUGGGCCGAGGAUGAGCAAGCCCACAGACCUGCAGCACAACCUGGAACGAAGCCUCCCAGCCAUAGCCUCCAUCAGCACCUCGUUUUCCCAGAGCCAGGGCUUCUCUCCGUACUGCUACUUCUCUCUGGAGAAGAGGAAAGCCAUCUCGGAUGUGAGGAGGACCUUCUGCCUCUUCGUCACCUUCGACCUGCUCUUCAUUUCUUUGUUGUGGAUAAUCGAGUUGAAUACCAAGGAUGGCAUUCAGAAGAACUUGGAGAGCGAAAUCAUCAAGUACAGUUUCAAGACCUCUUUCUUUGAUAUAUUUGUCUUGGCUUUCUUUCGUUUCUUUGUGUUGCUGCUGGCCUACGCCAUUGUGAAGCUGCGCCACUGGUGGGUCAUAGCGGUCACUACAUUGGUAUCCAGUGCCUUCUUGAUUGUGAAGGUCAUCCUCUCCGAGCUUCUGGCCAAAGGGGCUUUUGGCUAUUUACUUCCUAUCGUCUCGUUUGUCAUUGCUUGGCUGGAGACUUGGUUCCUGGAUUUUAAAGUCCUAACUCAGGAAGCAGAAGAGGAACGAUGGUACCUGGCAGCCCAGGCUGCAGCCUCUCGUGGGCCCCUGCUCUACCCUGGAGCCCUUUCCGAGGGGCAGUUCUACUCCCCACCAGAGUCCUUUGCAGGGUCGGACAAUGAAUCGGAUGAGGAAGGUGCAGGGAGGAAGGUGCUGACAGCUCAGGAGAAAGAGUACGUCCGACAAGGCAAAGAUGCAAUGGAGGUUGUGGACCAAAUCCUCGCCCAGGAGGAGAACUGGAAGUUCGAGAAGAACAAUGACUUUGGUGACGUUGUUUACACUUUUGAAAUACCUUUCCAUGGCAAGACCUUUAUUUUAAAGGCUUUCCUGCAGUGCUCUGCUGAAACGGUUUACCAGGAGGUUAUUCUCCAGCCUGAGAAGAUGAUCCUGUGGAACAGAACAGUGGCAGCUUGCCAGAUCUUGCAGCGGGUUGAAGACAACACGAUCGUCUCGUACGAUGUGGCAGCUGGGGCUGCAGGCGGUGUUGUUUCCCCAAGGGAUUUCGUGAACGUGCGGCGGAUCGAGAGGAGAAGAGACAGGUACAUUUCCUCAGGGAUAUCGACCACGCACAGCCUGAAGCCUCCACUCUCCAAGUAUGUCAGGGGUGAGAACGGACCCGGAGGAUUCAUCGUGCUGAAGUGUCCCAGCAACCCCAGGGUCUGCACCUUCAUCUGGAUUCUCAACACGGACCUGAAG